CACAUUGUCUGUCUCAGGACUGCAGAAGCCCACUGCUCUAACGCCAGUGCCUUCAUGUAAAAAAAUACAAAACAAAACAUUUUUACAGACUGGCAGCAGCUUUCUGAGCUGAUUUCUUGAAAAAAGCACUCAUCUGAGAGACCGAGUUUGAGUUGACUAGCAAGCUUCGCAGAAAAUUAUUGCUCUUUUGUAUGUAUCAUCUGCUGGACAAGCCAUCGUGCCUGGCUGAACACGCUUACACUCUUGUGCCGGACUGUACUGUAUGUCUGUGUGUGAUUCGCAAAGGGAAUGAGACCCAGAAGUAUAAAGCCAAUGAGAAGUGGGGAUCCCAGACAAAAGUACAUGAUUCUGACUGUUUCCAUUCUGACUCUUUGUCUUACAAGUCCUGGACAUGCACAGCAGCAAUGCACGAACGGUUUUGACUUGGACCGCUCAUCUGGACAGUGCUUAGAUGUUGAUGAAUGCAGGACUAUCCCCGAUGCCUGCCGAGGAGACAUGAUGUGCGUGAACCAAAAUGGUGGCUAUUUAUGCAUUCCCCGCACCAACCCAGUAUAUCGAGGGCCCUAUUCCAAUCCGUACUCAGGCGCAUACCCACCGCCCCCAGCACCGGUUCCUGCUCCAAACUACCCCACUAUCACAAGGACUGUUAUUUGCCGUUUUGGAUACCAAAUGGAUGAAGGAAAUCAAUGUGUUGAUGUUGAUGAGUGUGCAACAGAUUCCCAUCAAUGCAACCCAACCCAGAUCUGCAUCAACACUGAAGGAGGAUACACCUGCUCUUGUACAGACGGAUAUUGGCUCCUGGAAGGCCAAUGUUUAGACAUAGAUGAGUGUCGUUAUGGCUAUUGUCAGCAGCUAUGUGCCAAUGUCCCUGGCUCCUAUUCCUGUACAUGCAAUCCAGGUUUUACACUCAAUGAGGAUGGAAGAUCUUGUCAAGAUGUGAAUGAAUGCAUGACGGAGAACCCUUGUGUACAGAGUUGCAUCAACACUUUUGGCUCUUUCAUCUGCCGCUGUGACCCUGGCUAUGAACUUGAAGACGAUGGUGUCCACUGCAGUGAUAUGGAUGAGUGCAGCUUUUCUGAGUUCCUGUGCCAACACGAGUGUGUUAACCAGCCUGGCACAUAUUAUUGCUCCUGUCCUCCUGGCUACAUCUUGCUGGAUGAUAAUAGAAGCUGCCAAGAUAUCAAUGAGUGUGAGCACCAGAACCAUACCUGCACUCUACAGCAAACUUGUUAUAAUUUGCAAGGGGGCUUCAAAUGUAUAGAUCCCCUUCGCUGCGAGGAACCUUAUCUCCAGAUCAGUGACAAUCGCUGCAUGUGUCCAGCUGAAAAUCCUGGCUGCAGAGACCAGCCCUUCACGAUCCUGUACCGAGACAUGGACGUGGUAUCAGGACGCUCUGUUCCCGCUGACAUCUUCCAAAUGCAAGCAACCACCCGGUAUCCUGGUGCCUAUUACAUCUUUCAGAUCAAAUCUGGGAAUGAGGGCAGAGAAUUCUAUAUGAGGCAAACCGGACCCAUCAGUGCCACCCUGGUGAUGACUCGCCCUAUCAAAGGGCCCCGGGACAUCCAGCUGGACUUGGAAAUGAUCACUGUAAACACCGUCAUCAACUUCAGGGGCAGCUCUGUCAUCCGGCUGAGGAUAUAUGUGUCACAGCAUCCAUUCUGAGGCCCAAGCUGGAGUUUUUAGCACUCCUACAUGCCAGAAACAAAAGAGAAAAAAGAAAAAAAGAGAAAAAGGAACUUUAUCCCUUUCCUGCUGAAUGUUUCUCUCAGGAGUCAGUACUCACUGUUCUGACUCCAAAAUCAGUAUUAUCCUGUUGACCUGCUGGUCUAUGACACUCUGAGGGAAGCUCUGCCCCCAUCCCCAGAAGUUUUUAUGAUACAAACAUGUGGAAGUAUAUUAUCAUGUGGCUCCAUUUGAUGCCAAUGGUGAUUUUUAAAAAUUUGGUUAUUUCUGUCUUUUCUAUUUGAAUAGGUUUGGCCAGGGUAUGAUUAUAAUGCAAAGGACUGUGAACACCUUUCCUCUGCUCAGCCCUUCCCUUUUCUUCCCUCCCUUUCUUGUCUGGAGCUACAGUGCUGCUUUGCAAUGGCCCCAAAGAACUGGUGGAGAAUGCUGGGUGUAGUUAGUUUGCUAUUGCAUGUACUGAGAAGGCUAUAAAAAUCAGUUUGUGGCAGGAUGUAAGCAUUUUUAUAGUUUGUUUCAAAACAUGUCUGGAAUUGUCAACCAUAAAAGAAGUUUCACUUGUUCCUAACUUUGUCUUAUGGAUAAAUCCUUUCUUGACUGUCUUGGGCCAUUAAAAAAAAAGAAUUUGGAAUGGGGGAUGUGAAGGUGGAAUACAAAUCUUUCAACAUGUCCUUAAAAAUUGAUUUCAUAUUAAAAUUUUCAAAACUCAUUUU